AGCGAAAGUUGUUUAAAAAUACGAAAAGGUGUGCAACAAUUAUCAGAUUACUCACUUAAUAUUUCUGUGUAAUUUUGUGUAAAUUUACAAAAUAUUUUAUCUAAAGCGUAGAGAAAUGCCUACAAACUAGUUACUAAACGCUUAAACUUGCAGCUUUUGUUCGUAUUAAUAGCAAAAUAUUAAUAUGGACAAAUCUAUUUUAAAUCAGUUCACUUCCUAUGUUGAGCAGCUACGCAAUACGGAAUGCAGUCAAAAAGAGAAGAUUACGUACUUCCAACAUAUUGCCGAGUGCAUCAUGUCGGCGGGGCUGGCAGGUCACAUAAAUUAUGCCACCCACAUUAAUACGGCGACUACCGUGUUGCUGCUGUUUUGUGAAGAUCUGGAUCCUGUGGUGCGCAUGAAUGCGGAGGAAAAUCUGAAUCGCAUAUUUCGUGCACUGGAAAAAACACGUGUCAGUCGCAUACUGAUGGAUUUAUACGGCGAAAUAAAGCGCAAUGGCAACCAACGCUCGUUGCGCAUCUGUUUAAAUUUAUUUGCCUACUAUGCCCCGCAAAUAAGAGAACGUAAUAUUAAAUGGUAUGCUGUACGUUUAUUGCCCUGCCUGCAAACUAUAGCUCAACGUAAGGAGACACAGCUAUGCGAGACUUUAUGUGAAUUUGUGAAAAAUUUUGGAAAAUAUUUGCAAGUGGGGUUGACGGACAGUGAAUCCUGUAAACUGUUUGAGGCUUUCAUGGCAAAUAUUGGCGUCGAGUGCGCGGUAAAACGUCGCUGCUCUGCGCAAAACUGCAUCAGUCUAAUUGAAAAUUCGCGCAAUAAGAGUUUGAUGGCCAAACAUGGACUAAGCAAGGCAUUUGAAUUUCUACUUGCCGACCAGCAACAACACAACGUGGUCGGUGUGCUCGGCUUCCUGCGUUUGCUGCUGCCAUUAAUCAUACAUGGAUUCAGCACUGAUUGUCCGGACGAUUGCGAUGAUGGCCACAGCACACAAGCACACGCCGGAGUCAAUAAAGGCAAGGCAAACAACACACGACCGACACCGACGACGAAGACCGGCGCCGGAGCAGGCGGUGCGCACACAACACAAGCCACUGCAACAUCAACAACAACAACAACUGCAAUGCCAAUCAACACUGAGUGCAGGCAAAUUAUUGAAAUUUUCGAUUAUUGUUUGCAUUUGUUGAACAUCAGCAGUGCUUCUCAGCAUUCCAUCAUAAAUGCCGCACUUGAGGUCAUCAAUGCUGUGCUGCAGGCACUCGAUGCUGCUGCUGGCAACAACAACAGUCACCAAGGCAACAGCAACGGCAACAACAAUGAUAUUUUAAAAUGUUUGCAAGCAGCAUUGUGUAAUCAACAAUUGCAACAUGCCGAGUAUCUGCGGCGAAGGAAAUCAUUAAAGAAUCAAAUAUUCCAAUUGAGAAAUUACGAGGCGGCAGCCGCAGCAACGGUGGUGGUGUCGACACCUGCAUGGCAGCAGCGGCGUGGCGUUGCAAGCGAUUUUCAUGAAUUGACUGGAAAAGACGUUGAGUGCGAAGAUGAAGGUGAAGUUGUAUUGCGUCGAGCACCGAAUAUGCGCUUUACCGGGCGCAGCGUCAGUGAAUGUGUUAUUGACGAAGAUGAUGAUGAGACGCAUAGAACCGCAUUGUCAACAGAUUUAGUUGCCGUUGCGCAUACUGAUGUCGAUGCUGAUGCCGAUGCCGAUGCCAUUGGAAGAGCUAUCUAUGCCAAUGGCGUUGUCGGUGUGCUUGUCGAUGUGGAUGACGAUGACUUUACAACACUUUCGGAAAUAAAUGAACCACAACAGCUUAGGGCGUCGACGGCAGUUGCGAUGGCGCCGCCAUCCUAUGCACUCACAACAACAAUUGACGUUGAUAAUCUGAUUGAUGCAAUUGACGCGACAACAACAACGGCAACGGCAACGACGACGGAGGCCGCCACAAGCAGCAGCACCAGCACCAGAUGCGGCACCAGCAAUCGCAAUCGCACUGAUAUUGGCGCUGUGCAAACAAAAAUGCAAGGCAUGCAACCGCAAAACGAACAUCAACAGCAACAACAACAGCAACAACAACAAGGGUACAACGAGCAGCAAUCUCUCGAAAGACAGGUAGAGCCGCAAAAUUUGCUUACUGCUCCCUCGCAAAUUGGUGCUGUCGGCUUCGGAGGUGCUGGUGUUGGCGUCGAUGCGGGUGGCAGUGGCAGCGGUGAUGACAAAUCACAACAUUUGAGUGACAUCGACAAUGAAUCCUUCAAUAGCAUUGAUUUUGAGGCGGAAAUCACCAUAGCGGGCAUGACGACGGGCGGCGUGGCGGGCACUAGUGCGUUUGGCUCGCCCACAAAAAGCAAUGCUGAGCUAACAGCAACAACAACAAGCGGUAUAAGCGCUGAUACGGCGCCUGCUGGUACGGCUGCAGCCGGCGACAACGCUGCCGGCAACAAAUUGAGCAGCAGCGGUGACACAAUUGGCUCGUUCUUCAACAAUUUGAUUUCGAAUGCAGCUUCUGAAUCGAUGAGCAAACUGUUUCGGCCGUCUUCAGUUGUACGUGCCACACCCACUAAAAGCGUGCCGCCCACCGCAAGCGAUAAAAGUGACGUCGUCUCCACCGCGUCGGCGGCGACCAGUACGGCACCAGCGGAUAGCAUUUCUUUGAUAUCAACGGCGAGCAGUGGCAAUAAAGCGCUGGAUUCGGGUAACUCUGCCCCAGCUGAUCCGCAAUCCGACUCCGUGCACACAUACACACACUCGAUUGCCAGCUCCUCUUUGGGCAUGCACGACGACACGGUGUCCACGGCAUUGUUGGUGGAUACAAGCUUGCAUAGCGUGAGCGAAUAUGACACGGAGCGGGCGCCUGCACAGGCUGAACCGAUGGGCAGGGAGCGACGCGUGCCAAAUGCAAACCCUUUCUUGAGUGACAGAACUUUGAUGGAACAGUCGGCUUUGGGUCAACUAUCGCAGCUCACCUUAAAAAUAGGCACACCCUUCGAGCAAUCCAUCGUACGCUACACGGCGCGAUUGAUAGCCGCACGUUUCCUGCUUGCAGGACAAGCAGGCGUUUUGUUGCAUGACACGCAAAUACGUAUCUCCAUCAAGAGUCUUUCACUGUCGGUGCUGGCGCAUUGCGUGCGCUUCGAUCCAGAGGUGUUGCAACUACCCUUGGAGAUAACCGCGCAUGAGUUGCUGGUUGUUAGCAAGCAGUCGCCCGCGCUUGGCUCUUCGGCGGUUAUACCAACCUCGUCUAAAAGCUCGAGCGCCAGCGGCAGUCCGCAAAGCGACGACAAUGUCAGCGGCAGCAGCUCAAAUUUGGGCAAAGACUAUGAGCACUUGGAUGCUGUGGACUUCAUUAAAAGCAGCAGCGCGCAACCCACAGUGGCAACAGCCGCUGCGACACUUAAUGAUUUGCCCGCUGAAUUGCAGCUGCUCGAAAUUAAAGACGAUCAUUUCGGCAAAAGCACUUGUGAUUAUUUACUGCAUUCCACAACUGAGCUCAGUAAGAGUGCCGAUCCGGUGCUGAUGUCACAACAAAUGCGCGGCACACCCGGCAAACUGGCCACGCAGCACAUGCAACAGCCUUUAUCGAAGUCGGAAAUUAUUGCAUCGAAAACGUCGCAGAAGCAACCACCGCAGUGCGCGCCAAAUCAGUCGCAAUCAUCACCUUACCGCGUCACCGAAUCCGUGGAGGAUGCGCCACCACAAAUGCUGCCGCCGCGUCCGCCUAAGCGCACGAAAUCGCAGCGCAAAUCGAUUGCAGCCGCUACAGCCACGGUCACAGCUCUGACGCAAAUUGAUGAGCAUUUCAGUAGACGACCUGCACCGGACGCACCUUCCCAACAACCGCAGCAAGUGACAGAUGUGCUGCUCUACUAUAAUCACAGCGAUCCGAUGUUGCGCGGUGGCGUACAGCAAAUUAUUGGUGGAUUUUUGCAAGCGAUGGGCGUGAAAGAUUUAGGCGCUAGCUUAAAGUUGAAUGUGCAACAUCUAUUGGCGAUGCUUGUGAAGGGCCUGCAGGACGAUAUACAUACGGUGGUCAUACAGGCGUUGAAUGCAUUCGAGAAGAUAUUUCCGUAUGUGGUGUCCAAAUAUUUGAUAUUGCCGGCAGCGCAUCAUCAGCACAAGCAACAACAAACACAUGCCGGCAGCGCUCAAAGUACGGCAGCUGAGGCAGCUGAAGCCGUUGAUAAGAGUGGCCGGAAAUGCCAUGCUAAUGCCGCUGGCCAAGUGCCACAACAGCAAGAACAACAACAACAGCAGCAGCAGCGCACUAACGAUGCAACAAAGUCUGGCUUCUACACACACGUUGGCAGCAGCAGCAAAUCGCCAGCAAAUGCCACUGCUGCUAAGACAUGUCCUCGAACGCUUUUCAACGAUAAUGAUGCGCUUAUAGCUGCACUUUUGAGUGAUUUUCAAUUGCAAUCGAAAUCGAAUCGUAACGGCAGCAACAGCAACAACGACAACACCAACGACCAGCAUACAAAUGAUACUGCCACUCAGCCGCAGACGGCAGCCGUGGCAGGCAGCAGCAGCAGCAGCAGCAGCAAUACAACUGAUCCACUUGCACAGCCACUUCCGCUUCCGUUGGCCGCUUUGCGCAUUUCACCGAAAUUGCUGUUGAGCAAACUUCGUCUAUGUCAUUACAACAAAUAUUGGUUAGUUCAAAAUAAAUACGCCGAAGUUAUUUCGAAUUUAAAUUAUGCUGCCUUACAUGCGGCAUGCAACGAUUGCCAUGGCCACUGCUGUGGCACGGCGAUUGGCUGUGCAUGUGACAUUGGUGGCGGCGGCGGCGGUGCUGAAGUGCUACAAGACGUCGGCGCCGUUGCUGAUAACAAUACCGUUAAUACCACAUUGCCUGGCGGCGGUGGCGCUGCCACUGCGUAUGCGUGUGGGGAGGAUAUGUCAUACAAGGAUUUGGACGAUAGUGUCUGCAUUUACGAGUCCCAAUUUUUGGAUGAACUUUUGCAACUGAUCGGCAACGAUGAUUUCCGUGUCAGAGAAAACGCCGCGCUUUGCCUCUGCCGCUUCAUUAUGCAAAAUGCAAAACACAAGCAACAACAACAACAACAACAUUCCAACAACCCAACAUACGAUUCGUCGAAUACAAUUGAAAAUUCGGGCGUUGCGCCUUUCGGUUUUGGUUUUGAUGUUGCUGCUGGCAGUGCCGCGGGCGCUGUUGCGUCUGGUGACGACAAAUCGCUCUCGCCGGCCACCUAUGAGACUAAUUUCAAUUUGCUGUGGGACUUUUUCGACUAUCGUCUGUUUAGCGGUCUGCCAUUGCCGUUACGUAAUUUAUUCAGAGCCACGUCAACGCCAACAUUGCCGGCGACGACAACUGCCACAGAAGUCACAACAGCAGCGGCUGCGUUGUCGCUCCAUAGUAACGGUGAUUUUUACGGCGCGAUGCCACAACGCCAUCGCGCGGAAGAGGAGAAAUUGUUGGCCAAAGUUUUGUAUCGCAUGACAAAUAAACUGAUGGAGCUCGAGGAUAAAAAUGCACAGUUCGGCAUAAUUUACACAUUGAAAAUGUUGCUGCAAGAUUUUAAUUUCAUUGAUUACCAGCGCGCAUGGACGGAAUUUAAUUUCAUUGAAAUCUGCCAGAGAUUCUCCUACCACAAUUAUGCCACGGCUGUGGACUUGGCUUGCCAGAAUGAUUUGAUUGAUGUUACCGGCAAACUAAUGGCAGGCUACAUGCUGGCCUCCACGUUAACCGUCGAUCAACCGGAACGCUCCCUGCAAUUACAAUUGGAUCAACUGUUGGUGCAUGUCAUGAAGAUACUCAACAUCUACUAUCAUUUGAUUACGCAACAGAAGCCCCAACUAUUUGUGAAAGUGCAGAAAAGCGAUCUGUUCGCCAAUGCGAAGGAAUUGGCGCUGGUGCAGAGCGUCGGAUAUUUCGGCAGCGAUUACAUUUAUAUAAAACUUUACAACAUUUUAAGAAGUGCUAAUGACAGCUACAAGAUAACGAUAAAUCAAGAAUCCGGCAGGUUAUUAAUUUCGCUACUCCGGACGUGCCUCAACACUUUGGGCUUGUGCAUUGAAUUGCGCGCCCACACCACACCAACACCAACACCCGCCGGCACGCCCACCGGUCAUACGCCCAGCCAUGGGCGGCAGCGCGGCCACAGCCCCGGCAGCAGUGGCGCGGAUACUGCAUCCAACACUGGAGCUGGUGGCGGCAGCAGCAGCAGUGCUACGGCAGUCUUCCCAACCAACGCCACUCUAAAAUUAAUUGAAGAAAUUCUCCAGUAUUUGAGCAAACUCGUAAAUUAUGCGCCCGGCGAGUGCAUCGCAUGUCUGCGGCAACUGUUGAAAUAUUUAUUUGGCCAAAAUUAUGGCAACCAGCAGCGAGACUAUUAUGCCACAUUCAUAAGGCCGUAUUUUGUGGUGCGCAGCAAAGGACAACAGCUGCAACUACACCUACAACAACAGCAGCAGCGGAGUCCGCAGAAACAACAAAAGUGGCCAAUGCACAACAAACAACAACAGCAACACGCGCAGCAGGGAAGUAGCCGUAGAGGAAGCAACAGCAGUAAGUUCACGCAAGCCAGUGGCGAUCACCAGCAGGCAAUGACUAUGUUGCAUGCCAUAAAUUCCGCUGCUGCAACAACUUUGGCUUCCACCGCCGCAGCUGGAGGAGUUCUGAGAUCAAUGGCAACAACAAGUGAUGGCUCAACCAGCGCGCUGAAGGGCGCGGCAGGCGAUGGUUUGUCGAGCCCGACAAUGACUACGUCAACUGUCAGACACAAUGAGCCAAAUGUAAUUGGUGCACAAACACAAGCGACUUAUGCCAACCGUGGUCAGGCGCUCAUUGACUCCGGUCAUGCCAGAGGCCUUGUGAGUGUUGCAGCUGUUGCAGCUUGUGGCAACGACCACAAUCAACCGCACUUGUCGGCUACAGAGUAUUAUCGUUUGAUGGGCGAAUUAUUUGCGAGCGGCCUAAAUUUGCAAGCUGCCAAGUCGGAGCGUGCCGGCGACUGUGUAAAGCAUAUUAAACUGUUUGAGCCGCUGGUAAUCUAUUGUCUCAUGCUUUUCCUCAAAUCGAAUGCACGUGUCCAGGCGCCCAUAUUGGAGUUGUUGUCACAGUUGCUGGAACUCAAUGUCACUUACAGUGUGUUGGACUCGAAAAAUGUAAUAUUUGAUCAGAUUUUAAACAAUUUGGAUUUAAUUGAAAAUGGCAUCGUCAGAAAUGGCCCGGUCAUCAUACCGCCAAUGAUUAAAUUCCUCAUACAGUUGACACACAAGAGCGAUCGCAAACUUAUAACGAUACCGAAAAUCAUCAGCAUCACCAACAACUUACUGGCCAACAAUGCGGUGCUCGACUGCGCUGUGCUCGCGCUCAAAUCGCUCUCCUACGAGAUCUUCUUCAUGCCGCCCGUCGGUGGCAGUGCCGCACUCAACACGUUAGCCGACUAUCGGGCACCCUUCCAAAGUCCGGUUACUCGUUCGCCGGUACAACAACGUCGACAUGCUGCUGAGGAGUCGGCCGCCGCUGCUGCCGCGGCUGAAGCGCUUUUGGCGAAUAGUCGAGAGUUGGAUACACAGAAGGAGGUGGUGUUGGGCAUGUUGGAGAAAUUCGUGAAUGCCACUGAGUUGCAGCAUGUUGUAGCUUUGUUGUUGUUACGCGAACGUUGUGCCCAGCAAAUGGACGGUGGCGCUUUUGCGCGACGCAUGGAAGGUGGUGAUGCCUCUGCGGUGGAGCGGCAGAAAAGUAGUUGCAUUUUGGAAUCAACGCGCUUGCAAGAUCCCGGCGUGGUUUAUGCACUGAUUUGUCGCGCCAUGUGUGAUGGACGUUUGGGCGUGCACAACUGGCGAGACUUUUACACACUGGAGUCGUGUUUCAAGAACUAUAGCAAAUAUGUGCUGGCGGAUAGCAAGAAUUUUCUGGCUUUGUUGCAACUAUUAUUAAUGGAGGGCGUGGAGAGCUUUUCCGCCUUGGCGCAUGCCACGAUCAUACUGGCGAAUGUAAUACUUAAAACUGAGGAAAUUUAUUUAGUAAAUCACAUCAAACUUUGUUUGAAAAACCAUCCGGCGGUGGAGGAGCAGGAGCGCCAACGCGCGCACAAGCAACGCAUGCAGCAGCAGCAACAACAGCAACAGCGCGCGGCGCUCUGGCUGCUGGACGGCCCGUCGACAUCGUCAGCAGCGGCGCGUGCAGCCGCCACCGCGCUCAGUGCCACAGCAGCCGAUGCGGGUGCGGGUGCGGCCUCGAGUGCUGGCAUAAGUGAAAUUAACUAUUUCGCAAAAGUUUUAUGCGAGAAGCUGGAGCAUUGCUUUGAUGCUGUCGCCGGCGCUGGUGCUGGUGGUGGCAUUGACAACUCGCCGCCCUGUGUCGAUACGGCCUACUGUCAGUUGGUGUGCCGUUUCGUUGCCGCUUUGCAUGAGGUUUGCUGUCGGUCGCGCCACAAGGACGCGCUGCAAUCAGUUUUUCGUUUGGUCUUAGCCGAAUCGGCUUUGCUCGAUAAGUACUGUAAUUUCCUGACGUUGGAUCAGUGGCGAAAGAGCACGGAUGCCGACGGGCACGUGGGUGCAGGCGCUGGGUAUGAUGGUGAUGAGGCCAGCGUUGUUGUCUAUGAAUGUUGCAGGACGGUGUCGUUGGGGCAAGCGCUGCAGCUGCAGCUGGAAGUCUUGAAACUUUUGUCGGCCAUGAAAUUGUUAGAUCCGGUGGUGAUGUUGCAAUUGCUAAAGCAACAAAAACAAAACGCAUUACAACAACUACAACAACAGCAACAGUAUGCAUAUCAAAUGGCAACAAAUAAGGAGCGACUGAAGUGGUACGACAACAUGCAGCGGACACUUCUGGGUGAAAUUUGCCAACAAAAUCCGUAUGCGCGCGACUGGUCAACGCAACAAGUGCGCCAACUGCUGGACUUGGGCGGCGCAACGUUUCUGAAUUUCCUAAUUACGGAGAAUUUCGAAUUAAUCAGCGAUUUGUGUGAAGUGGCCGCCGCGCAGGCGACGCACCAAGCGGCUGACGGAUUGGACGCAUUAUGGCUGAAUGCGUUGCUGCAACAUGGCAGCGCGCUCAACAAGCACUCGAUACGCGCGCUACCGCCUCUAUUGCUGCGCUUAUGCAACGCCUCAAGGACCACCGUUACCGGCUGUAAUCUUCAAAUGGCGCUACUUAGCCUACAACUAUUGCAGCGCUUACAUGCGCGCCACAACAAUGCGCGCGCUUUGCAAGUGCGUUUGGAGCGUUUAGCGCGCCGCCUUGUAUUUAGCUGCAGCGCCGCGUCACUCCAGCGUCAGCAGUUAGUGCCGCAAUUGACAGAAUUGGCUGGGGAUCGACUAACGGCGAUUGGCAGCAACAACUCAUCAACGACUUUCAGCUGGCAGCAGUUGUUGUUGGACACUCAAGAAUGCAAACCGGCUGCUCAACCAUUAGCAUCGCUGGCGAAGGAGCAACACCAACAGCCACAGCCACAGCAGCAGCAGCUUCAGCAGCGCAUAAUUGACGAGAAGUGGCUGUUGAGCCAGUUAAUUAAAUUCUCUGCACAAUCGGAAUAUGGCGCUCAGCAACUAUCGCGCAUUCUACUGGAGAUACAAUCCGAGCAAAAACUCUAUAAAAUAUUCAACAGCAGCGAGUUCGCGGUGGCGCGAGUGUUGCGGCAUGCAAUUGCUAGCUCAAUGCAAGCGAUGCUGGCCGCCUUUCGCAACAAUUGCAUACAACAUAAUCCACAUAUACACUACAUGCAACCGAAUCCAUUAGUGCGCGUUACGCUGGCCGUCUUGAUGACACGUAUUAGCGAGGAAAUUGCCGCACCAGGCAACCGAAGCGGCGACCUACACAUACCAAUUACGGCAACACUGGGCGGAGGUGUUACCACGGAGGCGGUGUCGACAAGCAGCGAAACCCAGGCGCAUGUGGCAAGUGACGAUGGUUUUUACCUGUGCGCCAGUGUGGCCACACUGUUGGAGCAUGUAAAGAAAGUCGAGGACACGGCGCUACUCUACAUCGAGUCCAGAUUCAUUGAUAAGUUUGUGCGUGAGCAACUCUUGCGACACGAACAUGUGGCAACACUGUUAGGCUUCUUGAAUUGGUGUUGCCUGCAAGCGCAGCAACUGCUGCAGCGGCAAGAGGAACAAAAAUGUCAACAACAACAAUUUACGCUCGCACUGUUGCAAUGUAUUGCGGCGUUGCUGCAACAGCGCUUCAUCUGGACGGAACUUAAUCAAAUGGAAAAGCCAAGCGCCGCACAGACAACAACAGCAACGGCGGAUGGUAGUGCCGCUACGGCAGCGUCGAAUUCCAACACUGCUGGCAGCCUAUUGUCGCUUCCACAACGCAAUUUGUUAUUGUGCCGUGUGCUGGACGUCUUGGUGUUGGCCGCCAGGCAGUCGCUACAGCACACCAUCUUCUACAAGCAUUACAAGCAACAAGCGAUGCUGGUCGACGGCAGCGGAAGUGCCGAUGGCGUUGCGACCAUUGACAGUGAACAGCAGAAUAUCUUCAAUACUUUGUCUGCGGCAGCGGCUGCCACGGCGCUGGAGGGUGUUUUGCAAACAAAAGACAGCGAAGCGGAAGUCAAUGAUGUUGCCGUCGGACGUCUGUUGCAAGCGUAUGCACCGCAGGCUGUUUUCAUGGCGAAACUGAUAGAGACGCGCGCGGCGGAGACGACGAGUGUCAUGGCACAUCUCUCAGCUGCCUAUCUCACGGGUUGCGCAGGUAAUGGUGUCUGCUCGCUGGGCAGCGCUGGUGGUGCGCUGAGUGGUGGUGGCAGCGGCGGUCUGGGUAUGACCUCAGGUGCGACGGGUGCCGUUGGUGUUGGUGCAACGGGCGGUGUACGUGCAGAGUUCGACAAUGGCGGCAAUGCGGGUGGCACCCAAAUACCAAUGCACCUUUUGUCCAUGAUUGGUGUUGCGGUGUUGCGCACGCAUCAGUUUUAUGCUUACGCCGUGACGCCGUUCGAAAUAAUACAGCAACAACAACGCGAAUUGCGUAUCGAACAAUUGUCACCUGCCAAGCGCGCUGGCCAACCGUCACAAACAACAAGCUCGGCGGCCGCCACGGCAGCAGCUUCGAGUGGCAAGCUGCCAACGAUACCCGUGGAGAGUCUCAGUGAUGUGGAUGUGCUAAGGAAAUUCGUGAAGAGAUUAUCAAUUUUUGGCUUUACCACACGUCAACAAUUCGAGGAGUACUUUAUGACAUUCCUGCUAUUAAUCAAUAAAGUUUACGACGAGAAUAUGGUUGACGAGCAGGAGCAAUUUCAAAUAAGAUCCACAUGCUUGGAAGCGAUUUUGGAACUUUUAAUUACAUAUAAAACUUUUCCAAUUGUGGGUAAUAAACUUUCGCAUUUUCAUCAUACGACACGGUGGAUUCGCAUUAAUUGCGACAGCAUUAGCUUGAAAAAAUUACACAAAGUGCAGCUCCUCGUCUCCGAGGCGAACAUCUUCUAUCAUCCGAACUUGGAGCGCCAACUGCGCGCUGACUGCGAGGCGCGCGCCAACUACAGCAGCUUCGCGUGCCGUUUGCGUGACAGCGUCAUUGGCACUCACCAAUUUCGAGUCAAUCAAUAUGAUUUGAAUUUUAUGUGGCAACAAAUGGAGGCGUACGCACAAUACACCGCCAACAGCAGCGCGCCGGAUGCGGAACUGCCGAGCGCGAGCGAAAUUGGCGCCAGCACAGCGCAGCGCGCAAAGCGCGGUACAGGCGGCGGCGGUGCUCGGGAUAGCGAAGAUGUGGCAACGAAGAAUUACCGCUACUUCACGGCGCAGUCAGGCGUGGAUUUCAAGAGCAGCACGCAGCUGAUUUUCGAUGUGCUAAUGCAGAUAAUUGAGCACAAUCACAUUUUGGUCUUACCAAAUCUGGUGAAAUUCACUGAAAUUUGCGAGAGUCGUGAUCAAAUCAAAUGGAUUAAGGAUAAAGCUUUAAAAUUGCAGGAGACAAUACCAAUGGAUGACACCAUUUCACAUCAGCACUUAAUCUACUUACUGUGCAAAACGCAAGCCAUGCUGAUACCCACCAUCGGUGAAUUGCAACAAUUGUGCCAGCUCAUUGGCAAUUAUUUGAAGAGUUCGCACAUCUUCAUACGAAAUGCAACGCUGGCCGGUCUGCUCUGCCUGCUCGAGUGCUGUUCGAAGACCAACACCACCAUCGGCCGCUUGAGCGAUGAGUUGGCUUUGCUGCGCGACCUGAUUGUGGGCUACAUCAAUCGUCAUGGGAUUAUCGAUGUUAGCGCAAUGCAAUGCAGCGACACACAUACAAAGCUGGUUUGGACUCUCAAUUAUUGUCUUAUCGAAUGGACAUCGAAAUUCGUGCCACAAUGUCACCUGCUGUCGAAUACAGUAAUUGCAGCUGGUAAUUUCCUGAGGAAGACCAAUAAUGAGGAUGUCUACUUGUGUGUUUUGCAUGGUCUCGAACGCAUGGUGGUCAUAAGUAAUACCAGUAAUAGUGGCAUGAGCACAUCAUCAGGCGCGUCGGCUGCCGGUAGUGCCGUUGGUUCACCAGCUGUCGGCAUAGUGACGCCGAUGUUGCGCAACAAAAUCGAAAAAUUAGCAUUGGAAUUGGUUAAGCUGGAGAAUGAGCGAUUCUCAGUACCGGCGCUGCAGCUGCUGCUCACCUGCAUGUAUGUUGGUUCAGCCAAGCAACUGGAAAAUACGGAACUCUCCAACGGCAUUGUCCAAGACGAACCGGAGAUAAUCGCCCAACAGACCGAUAAAGUCGAUAUACUGCUACAUUGUAUUAAAUCAUCAACGCGUGAUGCCGCCUGGAUUUAUGGACAAGUGUUGUGCCAAAUUAUACGUGAUUUAGUGCCACCGAAUGAAAUAUUGACGAAGGUCAUAAAAGAGUUUCUCGCCAUAAAUCAACCGCAUUGCGAUGUUAUUGCAAUGAUUGUGUAUCAGGUUUUCCGCUGCGCCAUCGAUUCGACAUUCCUGCAAGUGCUGCAAGACUGGCUCAUAUGCUCGCUGCCCACAUUCCUGGCCUUACCUGAACAAAAAGCUGUCUGGUGUCUGAGCGUCAUCUUUUUAUCCGCUUCCAUAAAUCUGCAUUUGAUUAAACUAUUUCCGGUGUUGCUGAGCGCCGGUGCGGCAGCAGCUGCCACUGCAGCUUCAACAACUGGCGGCGACGGCGGUGCAGGAGUUGCAGGCGCUGGUGGAGGCACGUUUGGAGGCGUUAGUAAUCUUGAUGCUUCAACGGCAGCAGGUCUUACGCUCGGUGCUGGCGAUGGUGGUGUGGGUGCUGGCGCUGUUGGUGGCGCUGUUGGUGAAUUCCCUAAAUUGGGUCAACAUGAAAUUGCUUUGUUCGUGACAGCUGCCGUAGAUUUUCAUGCGAAAUUGAGUGCGGAGCAGCGGCUGCGUUUCCGUGAUGCCUUUGAGAAAUGCGCACAGCGGCAAACGGUUUAUGCUCAGCUGUUGCAGAGUCUCUGAUUUAGUCACGCAUUGGGUCAGCAGCGGCAAUGAAAUCAACCAAUACAUCAUUGCUAUUGUUGUUGUUGUUGUUAUUGCUGUUGUCAUUAUCGUUAUCAUUGUAGCCGUAAUAUGCGUAUUAGUUGGGCGCUGUUGUCGGUGUGGCAAGCAGCUUAAAUGCGCUGGACACUGGAGUCGUUGCAAAUUUGUGUGUGUGUAUGUGUGUUAUUAUCCGUAUACUUGUGUCUGUGUGUGUGCCUGUAAAUGAAGUCCAUCUCUCGUCGUCAUGUUGCUGCCAGCCUUCGCAGCAGGUUUAAUUUAAUGGUCAAUAUAACGGUAAACCACCUACAUAUACUCCCAUAGCAAGGCACAGCGUUGUCAUUAGGCGUAAAGUGUACACAGGUAAUGUAAUUUGUUGUUGCUUUUGUUUCAUGUCGUUGCUUGUUAAUACUGUGUGGCGCAGCGUUGAUUUAUGAAAUGAAUUUUGAUGUUAGAAAAUUGCAUUGGAUUGCAAAAUUAUGAAAUGUAUCGAAAUAAUUUAGAAAAUAGUAUUUUUCGCUUGUGAUUUUGUGUUGGAUAAAAGAAAAAAAUGUUAUUAAAAUAAAAAAAAAAAAAAUAUUAUUAAAAAAAAUAUAUAUUAUUUAAAAUUUGAAUAAAAUUUCAACGAUUAAAAUGUAAUAAACAAUUUAAAUAAAAUUAAAAAUUUGUAUCCUAAAUUACCCCCCCGUCUUCUUGUAACUCUACAUUAUCAGCAAAAAAUAUUUAUGACAGAAGAAUAUUCAAAAAUUAAUUCAACAGUUCCUUUUUUCAGCAUCUUCCUAAUUGCACUAAAUAUAAUCUUGCAUAAUUGUACUCAAUUUAGAGCAUAAUAAAACAAUUAAUUAAUUGUGCCAUUAGCAUUUAUUGAGUUGACAAUUAAUGGAUUUAAAAACCUGAUUCAAAAUGAAACACCAUUUUGACAGCUGUCAAAUACUAAAUUAUUUAAGAAGUCUACAAAAUAUUUUUUCGAAGAAGAAAACUCGCAAAAGUGUACAAAUCAGAAAGGCAUUCGGUGGUGCUUUACCAACAGCACUCCUAAUGCGACAAUUUAGGUGCCUAAUUGUACUCAAUUUACCACAUAAUGAGCCAAAUAAUUGGCAAUUAAAUAAAUAUUAAUUUCACAAUUAGUUAAUUGACUCAUUAUAUGGUAUCCAAACUUGAUUCAAAAUGAAACACCAUUUUGACAGCUGUGAAAUACUAAUUGUUUAACGAUUUUAAGCCAGUCGAGCGCCUUCCAACAAGCCUCAACUAAAACAAUUUAAUCUGAGAGUAAGGAAAAACUUAUGAAAGCUCUCUCAAAAGGUUAAAUUUUUUAUUCAAAAAUAAAAUCAUAGGCAGUUUACGUUGUAAUAUUACCUUGAAACUACAGUUAAGAUGUAAAGUGGAUAGAGAAACAUACUGACUCGAACGCUUCGGCAUUACUUGUACAAAUCGCUGUGCAACGAUUUAUUUUUCAACUAUUCUGGCAAUUGAAUAAUCGUUUUAGUAUCCUAAAGUGAACUUGUAGCAAAAAAAUCCUAUAAAAUUUCUAUACUGGCCUAAACUCUUUAGCUUAAUUGGCUGUGUUUAACCCUUUCGCGGACACGUCGGCAUAAUCCGACACAACGAAUGGCUUAAUAUGGGUCACGUCGGUAUAUGCCGACAUAGAAAAAAAAUCGUAUAUAAACACGUCGGACAUAGGCGACGUCUACUGCAUUGGUUUUAUAAGUAGUAGCUUAUUGUGUGCCACUGCAGAAGCAAUCAGAUUUAAGUUAGUGUCCCAAUUCGAUUUGUUUUGUUUUUUUUUUGUUAACUAUAACGGAAAUUUUCGUGAGUGGUUAUCGGUUUUAUAAGCCAAAUAAAUGCAUGUGUCAUUCUGAUAACAUUUACUAAAUUUCGUGUGUCCGCGAAAGGGUUAAGCACUAAAUAUAAGUCAAUUUAUAUAAUAUCUCAAUUAAAUAGGCAAAUGAACUUAUUUUAAUAUUGUAUUAGAAUAUUCGAUAUUGGCAAGAAUUAAGUAAGAUUGUUGAACAAGAAGAAGUUGCGAGAGUGCCUCUUUUUUACGAUUUGAAAAUAUGUGAAAUGUUAGUUCUCAGCUCGUGUUAAUGUCUUCCUCUAAGUAGAUCUACUCAUCCUACAGUUUUAAUGUGAGUGUCUUGCUUGCACAUUUGGUUUCGAUCUUGACUUUCGGAUACGGUAUUGUGAUAGGGUCUUCGUUGAAUAUGAGUAAAUUAUUAUUGUAUGUAAUGCCAUUGAUCUCCAUUUAGCAGUUAUUGUAAUGAAUUACGACUGAUCCUUCUGUAGUGUGAGUUGUGUGACAUCUUGCUCGUUGACUCUGCGUUACAUUGCCGAUAUAAGUGGAGUUCUGGGUUUUCCAUGUUGCCAGUGAUAAAUUUUGCUAGGGUACCUAUUUCAUUGAAAAUUCCUCUUUUUUGUUUGAUUGUCGGUGUCAGUGUGGGCUUUUUUCAAUCGAUCUAGUUUUAGUUCUGCAGUUACUUGAUGUGUCCAGUGUCAGCGAAAUUCUUUUAAUGUCUUCGUCAUAAUCUUCUACGUUGACUAUAAGUAUUAGGUUUCUGUGUUCUACUUUCAUCUUUGUUGUGCUGAAUUUGUUUGAGAAAAUUACUUGUAACGUUAGCUUAUUUCUUUAUUUUACGUGUUAUUUGGAGUCUAGAUUUGUGAAGUUUUAUGUCUCCACUUCAGAAUCUAUUUUUAUUCUACUAAAGUCGCCGGCAUUCGUAUUGAUUUGUUCUCGUUUUAAAUGAUCUCACAGUAUGAUUCUUCUAACUUAAGUCUCCAUCUAACGAGUUUUGGAAUUUGGCUCUUUCUUGCUCAUUAGUCAGGUGAGAGGCCGGUGGUGUGUAACUAUCUUGAACUUGCGGCCAAAUGGGUGGAGUCUGAAGUAAUUAGUAGCCCAAAAUACCAGGUAUGACAAUUAAGUAAUGAGACUGAUUCCAUAAAAACCGUAUAUUUGAAAAUUAUUCUACAACUCUGCCAUCCCUUUCAAAGUAGUCCCCUUGGGCAGCUAUACAGCGAUUCCAGCGCGUUUUCCAUGCUUCGUAACAUUUCUGGAACGCUUCGACUGGGAUGUCCGCGAGUACCCUCGUCACGGCAGCCUGGAUGUCCGUAAUCGACUCAAAAUGGGUUCCUUUGACCACCGAUUUUGUUUUAGGAAACAAAAAAGUCACAGGGUGACAUGCCGGGCGAAUAAGGCGGUUGUUGCAACACGGCGAUCCCUUUAGAGGCCAAAUACUGGUGUUUCCAGUUUUCCCCGGGGCAACGAAUUCUUUGUGGACCAUUCCACGGCUAUCAAAAAAGGCAAUAAUCAUCGUUUCACCUUCAACUUGCUCAUGCGAGCUUUUUUCGGGCGGGGGGCGCGCGGUAUCCCUUGAGGACCAGACUGGUGUAUGAAAAUUUUCAAAAUCGUUUAGUAUCUCGUGAUCUCCAUCUUCCACCGUUCCUUGCAGCUUCAUGUCAUCUUGGUCAUCUAGUUGGUCAAUGUCUUUAGACACGUGCUAGUCUUCAUGGGCUCGUAAGGCUUUAAUUGCCUGCUCAUUUCAGAAGUGGUAUCAUUAGUUCUAGCUUAGGCGAAAUGUCUUUAUUAAUUGGAUUGGGAGAUUGUGUGCUCCUACCCAGUCGACACGUGUGCUAUAUAAUUAAAGCACUUGAAGACACUGAAGAAAAGUCGUGAGGAUUUUCCGCAAUUACUCUAGAUUACUUAAGUUUAGAUAUUUGCUUGAAAUAAGUUUUUGAAACAACAGACUAAAAAUUGAAGUAAGCGAAAAGCAUUUUCCGCUGCGUAAUACAUUUCCACACUGUCCAAAUAACGCCCACACAUAUUCCCAGUAUUGACCGUCUUCCGUUAUUUUAAUUUCUACGCUGCGUACUUCUAAAUAUUAUAUUUAAGUUUCAUUUAAUUGCGAGUGAUGAGAUUCGUCGCGCAAAACUGCCAAAAACAGCAAGAAAGCAACGAGCAUCAGUAUGCAAGCACACCGACAGCACCGCCACUCGGCUAAAACUCGUAUUUACAGCUAGUAAAUGGUAACAUCUUUCGCAACGAACGCAAAGGCGCGCACACACACGAACACCCGCAGUCCUCAAAUAUUCUCCACAACUUUGGCGAACUUUUUUUUUCCUGAUACGCUCUACUUGUUGUUGCUGCGGCCACAAGUUGAGUGAAAAGCAAAAGUUACGGGAUACACUUUUCUCCUCCUCGAGCGCCCGCUGCCAUUCCCAUUGCUAUUUGGAAAUUGUCUAAGAUAAAGACAAGCGUGAAUAACUAAUUGCCAAGAUUGGCGGCAGCAGCAGCAGCGGCAACACCACUAGUGGAACUUACGCUGGACGACGACAGCUGAGCCUACAGUUAUGCAAAUAGAUUUAGAGGUACUAUAUAAUAUUGUAUGUAAGAGCUAGUUUAGCUGUGAUGCUGUGUGACUGCGCGGCAACCACUUGGUCUACACUCAUCAACCAAGUCAAUCCAACCAGCGAGAGAUCUCAGCAAGCAAAGCUUGAAAGCCGCAACCUAACGUCCCCAGCAACUGUCCGCAAUCUGAAGUCCUCGAAUGUCGCCAGCUCGCCGCAAUGGACGUCUUGACUGCGUGAAUAAAUGAAUGACUGCGCACAAAGCGUAAGCGCUGGCGAACGCUUGGAUGACCGGGCUGCCCGCAACAUCGCCUCUCACCGUGGAACUCCGUCUCUGUGGUAGUAGUAUCGUCUCUGUGCUGGUAGUAUCGUCUCUCUGUACUCGCAGCUCCCCCGCUGCGCUCCAAAUCUCGUCUUUGCGCUUGGAAGCUGCUGAAUUAACUGCGCUGAGCCGUUGCAUAUUGCGCCGCGUAAGCGCCAGCGUCUUGGCACUCAUCACAACGUCUGUCAAUGCGAAUGAUAAAAGUUUUUAAUAUUUCGCUCUUUCCUUUCGUUGUUUUUGUUAGUUAAGAAUUAAAAUUAAUUUAUGUCAUACGUAUGUAUUUAGUUCUGUCUCCAAGUGCCGCUAUGUAUAAUUAUAUAUAUCAAUGCGCUGUGUAACUAAUAUUAAAAUUGUGAAUUGUAAAGCGAGUGCACGCGGAAGGGAGGCAGCGUAAAAUAUAAUGAUUAGCAAGUUUUUAGCUACGCGCGGUUGCGGCGUGUGGCUGUGUGAAAGCGCCGUUGGCAGCACUUGAGUGAAAUCAAAAAACUUUCGCAAAAUUGUUAUUUGCCUAAUAAGAAAGCUCGCCGCAGCCGAAUGACCUCGGUUGCGGAUGGAAGUUGAUUUAGUUUUUGCGGUUUGUCAAAGUAGUUAGUGUGAAUGGGUUUUUGUUUGCUUAAAGAUAACAAAUUGGAAUUGAAUGGGCUUUAGAAAAUUUCUCAAAGCAAUCCAAGAAGAAAGACAGUAAUAGACAUUCAAAUACGUAAACAUAAAUUUACUAUAAAAGACAGAAGAAAGCAGAAAGUAGAGAAGCAGUGCUCUGUGUAUUUGUUACUACGUGAUAAUAAAGCGCCUAAAAUUAAUUAAAAUAUAAAAAUGAAAUUUAUUUUCUGGUUUAAGAAAUUUUUAUAUUUUUUUUUGGGAAAUAUAAUUUUGUAAGACAAAGUUGAUGUAUUUAUUCUUUAGAACAUUUUUAACAUGUAAGGAACUAAAAGAUAUAAUUUCCAUAAAGAAAAUUCCGAAAGUAUCCUUGUAGUCACCAUUAGUAUUAGUCUUAUGUAAUUACAUUGGUUACUAACUGUAUAUAGGCAAGUACAUAUUGCCACCUAAAAUGCAGAAUAACUUAACAUCACUUUUCAUAAUUUUAGAGGCGAAAGAAAACGAUAGAAUAGAGACCACUCAUAUAGAAACAAAUUUGAGCUUUGGUUAUAAAAUGGUUAUAUAUCAGUUAUCAUACACUUAUAUUGAGCAAAAUUUGAGUUUUGGUUACAAAAUGGUUAUAUAUCGGUUAUCAUACAGUCAUAUACAUAGAAACAAAUUUGAGUUUUGCUUAUAAAAUGGUUAUAUAUCGGUUAUCAUAGAGUCAUAUAGAAAAAAAUUUGAGUUUUGGUUAUAAAAUGGUCAUAUAUCGGUUAUCAUACAGUCAUAUAGAAACAAAAUUGAGUUUUGGUGAUAAAAUGGUUUUCUAUCGGUUAUCAUACACUCAUAUACAUAGAAACAAAUUUGUGUUUUGGUUAUAUAUUGGUUAUAUAUCGGUUAUCAUACACUUAUAUUGAGCAAAAUUUGAGUUUUGGUUAUAUAUUGGUUAUCAUGCAGUCAUAUAGAAUCAAAUUUGAGUUUUGGUUAUAAAAUGAUUAUAUAUUGGUUAUCUUACACUCAUAUUGAACAAAAUUUGAAUGUUAGUUAUGAAAUGGUUAUAUAUUGGUUAUUAAAGCUGACAGCGAUUUUCUUAUUUUUUUUGUUUUUUUAGGUGACGAUAUGUAGACAAUAUGGCAUUAUGAUAGCUUGACCCAUACUUGUAUGUAUAUUAGGGUGGUCUUUAAACAACCAAAGAUGACAAAAACAAAAAAAAACAAGAAAAAACCUUAACUUUGACUGCAUCUUCACAGGUGCAUUUUUUAUGGCAUUAAAUGCCAGCUAUUAUAUGCUUUGCAUAGCAGCUCAAUCUAAACAAUAUCUUCGAAAAUUGUCAUGCCUUGGACAAUAAUGUAUACCGAAAUCCGUGCAUAUAUUUAGUGAAUUAUAAAAGUUUUCCUUGCCAGAACUGGAUUCGAUCACUUUGUAUGGCAGCUAUAGGCUAUAGUGGUCCGGUCUUAAGGAUAUGCUCUGAGCUUGUAGUGACUGGCUAAGAUAAAAAUCUAUGCCAAAAUGUGUGAAGAUACCUUACCCAAAACAAAAAAAAAAAAUAAUAAUAAAAUAACAAAUUCUUUACAAGAAAUUAGAUUAGAUUUGACAGCAAUUAGAAGUAUAGAAUGGGCACACUAACCAUCUUGUUAGGGUUCGAGACCCAUCUAAAAGUUCUGCUGUCCCUUCGGUCCGGCAUUGUUUUGCAAUGCAACGCCAAAUUCGACUGAAAAAGUGUUAGUUCUUAUCGCAUUAGAGUUUUAAUCACAACCACUACGAUACUCCCCGAGGGGCAAGUCCGCAUGAGUAGACCGAACUGCAAGGGCUCCUGCUCCCCGUGAUACCAGAGUUAAGUCUCCGGUCAGACCUUGUAGCUGAAACUACCAACAAUUGAGCUUCCAUACUGCUCUGGAUCAGGAAUUACACGCACACACCAUUCACACAAUAAGGUAACCCUAAUACCCAGCUAAACGCCUUCGCCGCCUAAGCAAUUCACGCAUAAACGAUCCUAACUGUUCCCACUAUUGGGGUCCCCAACGCUAACAUCUAAACGUCCAUUAGUCCAGCUAAUCCUCAUACAUUCAGCAAUGGCAUGCACUCAAUCCUCGACCCGAGCCGCACACAACUCUGGUUUCUCUUCAGUUGUCGAACAAAUCUUUUGCGUAUGUACCAUAUACGAGUAUACACUUUGUCGGCGAUCCCACAUUCCUUUAUGGCUAGUACGAAAAUUGUAACAAACUGAAUAUACUAUAGUAAUGAAUAUAUCACCUGUAACGUCGAUUUGUUGUUAAAACCUAAUAUUCAUCAAGGCCACUCUUUCAUUUACGCGCCAGAUAGUGAGCCAGCGUUCAUCGAAUAUCGGAUCGGUUAU